AUGGAGAAGUACUGCCUGGAUUCUCUUUCCAACAUCUCAGAACAGCAUGGCAUGUUCUGUAACAUCACGUUGCUAAAUGUUACAGAAAAUGACACUGGAACCAAGUCCAUUGAGGACAGACUGCUGGAAGUUCUAGGGCCGAAGCGCUCCCCCGUCUUUCUCCCUAUCUCCCUGGUUUACCUGCUCAUCUUCCUCCUGGGCGUGUCUGGCAACCUGCUCACAUGCACAGUGAUAUCCAAACACAAGAAGAUGUGCACCCCCACCAACCUGUACCUGUUCAGCCUGGCUGUGUCAGACCUCCUGGUGCUCUUCUUUGGGAUGCCCCUGGAGAUCUACGACCUGUGGCAGAACUACCCCUUCCCCUUCGGAGAGGGAGUCUGCUACUUCAAGAUUUUCCUCUUCGAGACUGUAUGCUUUGCCUCCAUCCUCAAUGUGACAGUGCUGAGUGUGGAGAGGUAUAUCGCAGUGGUCCAUCCACUAAAAACACGCUAUGUUGCCACCAACAAGCAUGCCAAGCGUGUCAUCAGUGCUGUAUGGGUGCUGUCCCUGGUUUGUGCCAUCCCUAACACCUCCCUGCAUGGCAUCUACUACUUGAAUCUCCCGGAGAAGGUGGCAGAGUCAGCCAUAUGCAGUUUGAUAGGUUCCCCGUGGAUCUACAACCUGGUGAUUCUGAUCACCACCGCAUGCUUCUACAUUGUUCCCGUGACGGUGAUCAGCGGGCUGUACCUGGGGAUUGGUAUCAAGCUGGGCAGGGAGCGACACCUCUCCCGGGGGACGAUGAGGAAGAACUGUAGCGCUAACAUCAGCUGGAGAAUCCAUGUGGAGCAAGUGCGCAGGAGACAAGUCACCAAGAUGCUUGCUGUGGUCGUGCUGGUGUUUGCCAUCUGCUGGGCACCUUUCCACAUUGACCGGCUCCUGUGGAGCUGCAUCAUGCAGUGGUCUGCCUGGACAGACCUCAACCAAGCUGUGUACCAGUGUGUGCACCUCCUUUCAGGCAUCCUCUUCUACCUCAGCUCUGCAGUCAACCCCGUUAUCUAUAACCUGCUCUCCACACGCUUCCGGGAAUGCUUCUGGGAUCUCGUCUGCACCCAUACAGAAGACACCACUGCGGGAAAAGACUUCACACCCUCCGCCAAGAUCCUGCUGGUCCCCUCGGGCCCAGUUCCUAAGACCCAAGCCAGGCCCAGGGACCACAACUCCCUCACUCCCCUGUUAUCUCCAACUGGGAACACAGAGAUCACAACACUGACAAAUCUCCAACCAGGACAUUCGCUGGCCAUUCUUGUGGUGGCCUGCAGCUUGCGGAAAUCCUCCCAGGGCAAACCACCAGAGGGGGACAUUAACGGCGAUCACCAACCCGCACAUCCCUGGCCCAUCCUUGGAGCGGCCUGCAGCUUGCAGAAAUCCUUCCAGGGUAAACCACCUGAGGGGGACAGCAAUGGAGAUCUCCACCCAGGACAUCCCCUGGCCAAUCUUGUGGUGGCCUGUAGCUUGAAAAAAUCCUCUCAGGGUAAACAAACAGAGGGGGACAGCAAUGAUUAUCCACAAUCAGGUCAUCUCUGGGUCAUUUCUAUGGUGGGUUGCAACAUGCCAAAUAAUACCAAGAUUGAACCACCAGAGGGGGACAUCAACGGCAAUCACCAAACGGACCUGUGGUGCUCAUCCUUGGAGCGGCCUGCAGCUUACAGAAAUCCUCCCAGGGCAAACCACCAGAAGGGGACAGCAACGAUGAUCCGCAACCAGGUCAUCUCUGGGUAA